ACUCCUACUGUACAGUCAUGUACUCUUCAUUGGAUCAGAUGUCGUCGUUCCAUUCAUAUCAUUCAGUGGUUGGGCAAAAUCUAAGACAAGCAGUCGUCUCUUUGUCCGGCUUGAAGCAAUUGUCGCUAUCAGGACAAAAUGGAGUCUGAAAAAUCGCCUCGUCUAAUGUGCUCGUUUCGACUGUUGAUUGCUUUCAUAUGUGGUAUUAGCUUCUUCUUGCUCUUUAACCUUCGAUUUGGUUUCUCCAUGGCCUUGGUAUGCAUGAAUGGCUCAGGUAAACCAGUUGACCGCGAUGGAAAUGGCACAACCACAUCAACCGUUCUCUUGAAGGGAGAGUUUGAUUGGGACAGAUCCACCCAAUCCCAUCUGUUGGGCACCUUUUUCUAUGGAUACAUAUUGACACAAGUGGUUGGAGGAUGGGUAUCUGAUCGAUUCGGUGGCAAGAUCACGAUGGUUGCGUCCAUGUUGGGCUUGGGAAUCACUAGCGUUCUCAUACCCAUGGCAGCCAGAGUUGACCCAAAGAUAGUAAUGGGGAUUCGAUUUCUACAAGGUUGCUUCCAAGGAGCCAUACUACCCACGGCCUACAGUUUGAUCCCAGGAUGGGGUUCACCCGCCGAAAGGACCUUUUUGAUGGCUGUAGUCAUGUCUGGAUUAGUACUUUCAAAUGUGCUCACUCCCGCAAUUGCCGGUUCACUUUGUUUGAGUGGGGUAGACGGUGGGUGGCCAAUGAUCUUCUACAUCCCAGGCAUCCUUUGCAUCGUGUGGACAGCGGUUUUCUUUUUCUUGGGUAGUAAUUCUCCCGAGGAGAACAAAUUCAUUUCUCAGGAGGAACAAACUUACUUGCAGAAGUAUUCUUGCAAGAGCCAAAACCAACAGGGACAAAGUUCUCAUCCCCAGGUUCCUUGGCUGAAACUUUUCUCGUCGAUACCCUUUCUGACCUUGGCCGUGACCCACUUUUGUUCAGCUUUCGGAUUUUAUUUAAUGUCUUUGAGCUUACCCUUUUUUAUCAACGAGAUAUUCGAUUUGGGACCAAUUCAGAACGGAAUUUUAAGCGGCCUUACUUUUGUCGGCCCAGUUAUAAUUGGGCCCGUGAUUGGCUUGUUGUCAGCAAAAAUCAUCAAAUCAAACUGGCUGACGGUCACUCAUAUGAGAAAGCUCUUCACUUGUUCGGCUCAAAGUUCAUUUGCCGUCCUUUUGAUUUGUUCCAACCAAGUCGACAAUAAGCUGUUAAAAAUGUCCAUCUUUGCAUUAAUCAAUACACUUCAUCAAGUCUCUAUCACUGGAGGGUUCUAUAUCUCCCAUAUGGAUUUGGUUGGACCUUUUGCUGGAGUGGCCUUUGGCAUCACCAACACUGCCGCCACGUGUGCAGGGUUCCUUAUUCCUUUGUUCUUGUCGUACUUUGUUCCAAACGAUACCCAUCAUCAGAUGGCUGUGACAAUGAGAGAGCUGUCAUUUGACCCCGUAACAAACAAACAACAACAGCCUUGAUGCUUCACUUUGUCAAUGACGGCCUCAGAAGCUUUGAAAUCAUGUCGAGGGUACCUCCUCAGAAUGGAAAACUGUUUUUUACAUUGUGGCUGGAGCUCAGGCCUUCGGAGCCACUAUUUACGGUCUGCUGGGCUCAGCAGAAUUACAGUCUUGGGUGAUAGAAGCAGUCAAACCAAAGCCAUCUCAAGACCAAAAACCGACCACAGCAUGAAAAUUAGCAAUUCGAUAAAAUGUUGACAAAAGUUGGACAUGAAUGAAUAAAUAAGUGUCGAAAAAAUAA